CGGCCAUUUUUGCUACCCCCACGAGAAUUGUGGCCGAAAUCUCGCAGGACGCAUCACCAACCCACCACACCAAGUACUUUUCUUCAUUCCCUUUCAGGCGCAGGAUUAGACCUCUUUGCGAUCUUCACAAUCAACCACACACACAUUCACAAUGGCUCCUCAGACUGUACGUACAUGACCGCUUUGCUGUCGGCCCCCUGCGACAAUGGUCGCAGCGAGGUGCCUUGAAAAUGCAGUAGGCUAAAUGUCAUUUCUACAGAAGAAGGCGGGCGGCAAGGUCCAGAAGCAGACCAAGAAGUUCAUCAUCAACGCUUCGCAGCCCGCGAGCGACAAGAUCUUCGACGUCGCUGCCUUCGAGAAGUUCCUCCAGGACCGCAUCAAGGUCGAGGGCCGCACCAACAACCUUGGCGACAACGUUGUUAUCCAGCAGCAGGGCGAGGGCAAGAUCGAGAUUAUUGCCCACAACGACCUGUCUGGCCGCUACCUCAAGUACCUGACCAAGAAGUUCCUCAAGAAGCAGCAGCUCCGUGACUGGCUCCGUGUUGUCUCUACCUCCCGAGGUGUCUACGAGCUCAAGUUCUUUAACGUCGUCAACGACGAGGCUGAGGAGGACGACGAGUAAAUUGUCGCAUUGCAUCGGAAAGGCGCAGGAAUGGGUUGGUGAAUUGGGACAGGAAAAGUUUAGGACUUGGCCAAUAGAUCCAGCCAUUUGUGUGGCACCACU